CACAGCGGGGCCGGGCCGGCGGCGGUGGCCGCGCAGGUGGCUCUGCCCGGGAAGGGGAGGAGGCUGGCGGCGCUCCCAGCCCGCCGCAUCCCUCCCCGGGCAGCGAUGCUCAGUCCCGGCUCAGCCCGGCGGCGGCGCGGAGGGCACCCGAGCCCGCGGAGGACAUGGACGGCACCAACCGCACGGAGCCGUGGCAGCGCGGCCUGCAGGCGCUGCUGGGCGCCCUGAACCAGACCCUGCACGGCGCCGUGCCCUGCCCGGGCCAGGCCCGGGCCAGCCCGGCCAGGGCGGCCGCGCGCGGGGAGCACGCCAACGCCAACGCCUACAUGUACAUCCUGUUCGUCAUGACGCUCUUCGCCGCCACCGUGGGCAGCCUCAUCCUGGGCUACACCCGCUCCCGCAAGGUGGACAAGCGCAGCGACCCCUACCACGUCUACAUCAAGAACAGGGUCUCCAUGAUCUGAGAUGGCCCACGCCUCGUCCCCAGAGCCACUGGAGCCCCUGCCACGUCUGCAUCAAGAACAGGGUCUCCAUGAUCUGAGAUGGCCCGCGCCUCGUCCCCUGCAACCCCUGCCACGUCUGCAUCAAGAACAGGGUCUCCAUGAUCUGAGAUGGCCCACGCCUCGUCCCCAGAGCCACUGGAGCCCCUGCCACGUCUGCAUCAAGAACAGGGUCUCCAUGAUCUGACUGGCCUGCUCCUUGUCCCCAGAGCCACCGGGCUCAGGGCCACUGCGCUGGGCACAUCCCGCUCGCUGGGAACCCCCAAAAUCUGCUGAGAACCCCUAGAGCUUCUGGGACUCCACAGAGUUGCUGGAACCCCAGAGCUGCUGGGACCCCCCAAAGCUGUUGAAAGCCCCCCAAAGCUGCUGGAACUCCCCUAAAGCUGCUGGGGACCCUGUAGAGCUGCUGGGAGCCCUCCAAGGCUGCUGGGAGCCCCCCAAAGCUGCUGAGAACCCCCAGAGCUGCUGGAACGCCUCUCCAUGGAGCAGCUCAGUCCAGGCUGAGCAGUGCCAGGAUGUCCAGGCUGGCAGGAGCUGGAGGAAUGUGAGCUGCACGCUGGUGCUGGUCCUGCAGACCCACCUGGGCUCCACCUGGGCUGGCAGGGCAGCUCCUUUCCCACCGUGGCCUGCGGGGCUGGCAGGAGCCUUCAAGGAGAAUAUUUCCCCAUUUCCCUGCUCAGAUCAGCCCUCCCUGGGCUGCCAGCAGCUGUGGCCAUGCUUAGGGGGGUUUUGGGUGCUGGGACGCUGUGAUGUUUGAGCUGGGCUGGGCCCUGCUGCUCUGGCAGGGAAUUAAAGGAGGUGCUGGGC